AGUGAUAAAGGACAAAGAGCAUUCUGUGGAGCUCUAUGAAACAGCAUCACAAACAGCUGGAAAAUAAUUCUCCAAAAAUAGGGGAGGUGCAGCGUUGAAUGAAUGGAGGGCCUAUUUUCGUGCUUUGAGCUCAUUUGGAUACUGGUAGCUGCACUGCAUGUGUACAGGCCAUGAAUUUGCAUGAUUAGGCCUUAUGCCACUGAAACCAGUUAUAAGGAUUGGAGAGGAUUUGUGUGACACAUUUGGAUAGGACACAUGUUCAGUGUUGGAAGGGUUGGAGUCAAAGCCAAGUGAUGGCAUUCGGUUUUAUCCCUGACUCUCAGGUAAUGAGCGAUCUUCUCACAAUUCGCGAAAAAGGUAUACUCGUGAAUCUGCUGGAACCUCAGUGUAAGCUAAUCAAAACAACAGUAGCCCAGCUACUAGAAGCCAAUGACAGCCAGAAUGAGAGUCCGGGCUGGCACCGUUCAGCCUGUGGCGUGCUUUGCCUCAUCGAGGACGAUUCGGUAUGCUCCUGCUUCCUGCGUCUCUACUGUGUCAAGGGUGCCAAGUUGCUUUGGGAGCAGGAAAUAUUCACUCCAUUCAAGUACACUGCAGCUCGUUCUUACUUCCACACUUUCCCUGCAGACGUACACCAGGUCGGCCUCAACUUUGCAAAUGAGGCCGAGGCAGAGGAGUUCCUUCUCGCAGUGAAGAGUGUCCAAGAGAGAACGAACACCAAGACUGACGUGACAAUAACUGGAAAAGCAAGCAGUGCAUCUCAUUAUUCACACGCUCCAAGAUAUGAAUCAGAGGAAAAUUCAAAUGAAGAGAGACAUUUUCCAGUGGAUAUGCCGUCCACCACAGCUUCUCUGGCUACAUAUUCUUUCACAGAUCUAGAGCCUACUAUGAGGAGGUUGUUGAUGCAGGCAAGACUCACCGAGGAAGACCUAAAGGAUAAAGAUGUAGCUGAGGCUGUUGACUGCAUCAUCCAAAAUUUUGGAGGACUGAAAGCUGUACAGAAAGAACUGAGAAGGAGAGGCCCCGUCGCUCAGACAUUGCCGAGAUCUGCGUCCAUGUCCCUCGCUUUGCAGAAAGGGCCUUUACCACCAGUCCCCCCCGCAAAACACUCCACCGCCUCUCAGGAGGGGUCACACGGGUCGUCCACGCAAAGAAGAAGUCAGUUUGACACAUGGGCAUCUUCUCGUCAAACAUCUGGAGCAGAAAGAAAGAGAAAGAGUGUUAGCUUCAAACAUGUGGGCAACUCAGAGGCAAAGGGGGAGCUGAUCCUGAAUGCACUGAAGGAGGUAUUCAAACAAAAGCAGAUGCUCCAGCAAAACACAAGCGAGGAAGCAAAUAACAUGGACAGAUACCAGCAAUAACUGGAACUUUGCUGAUUUUGUCUUUUUUUUAAAGUCUGAUUCUUACUCAUGGCCUUGACCCACAUUGACCGGCCACAAAGACCAUGUAAAGUUCUCAGUUCCAUGGCUAUUGACCUGUUCAUAUCAGUGCUUUAUAUGUGUACUCUAAUAUUUCUAAGCUCCAAUCAACUGCAACGACAUAAACAAAGCAUGGAGACUUUGUCUCCCACGCCUUCACACUGAACCCAGAAUCUGUCUGUUUUUUGCAAAAAGCCAAAAGAUUUCAAAAUAAAUAAAUAAACAGUUGCACCACAGCUUUAUUUAUUCAAUACAAGGACAGUUAUGAAGCAUAUUGUAUACAAAUGUUUGUCCCUGAUGUCAGAAUGAAACAAACACUAUAAAUCUGAUCAUUUAAACAUAGUGUGAGAUGAAACCGUGGUAGUCAUUUCGUUAUGUAAGAAAAGAAAAUUACAUUAAAUUCCCUGGCAAUUCUCUAAUAAUCUCUGUAAUAAUGCUGGAAACGUUUUACCAAACUUCAGUGCUUCAACGUGGAACCCGAAAUUAAAAGAAUGGUUGAAAAAAGAUGGGACUAAUAAAAGUAAGAUCUACUUUUUCACAGAAUCUCAAACGCGUUGAUAGAUAUCUUGGGUCCCCUU